CGGCGCCCGGCCCCGCCCCCGGCCCGAACCCGGAAGUGCGCGGGGGCGGAGGAGGUUCUAAGAUGGCGUCGCCUCCUCAGGGGGGCCCGAUGGCGAUCGCCAUGCGGCUGCGAAACCAGCUGCAGGCCGUCUACAAGAUGGACCCGCUGCGGAACGAGGAGGAGGUGAAGGUGAAGAUGAAGGAGCUGAACGAGCACAUCGUGUGCUGUCUGUGUGCCGGGUACUUCAUCGACGCCACCACCAUCACCGAGUGCCUGCACACCUUCUGCAAGAGCUGCAUCGUGAAGUACCUGCAGACCAGCAAGUACUGCCCCAUGUGCAACACCAAGAUCCACGAGACGCAGCCGCUGCUCAACCUGAAGCUGGACCGUGUCAUGCAGGACAUCGUGUACAAGCUGGUGCCCGGCCUGCAGGAGAGUGAAGAGAAGAGGAUCCGGGAGUUCUACCAGUCCCGUGGCCUCGACCGGGUGACGCAGCCCAGCGGCGAGGACACGGUGGGGGGUGACCCCAUGGGGCUGCCCUACAGCACCUUCGACCAUUCCCGUGCCCACUACUUCCGCUACGACGAGCACGUCUCGCUGUGCCUGGAGAAGCAGAGUUCCAGCAAGGACAAGAGCAAGGCUGUUCUGCAGCAGAAGUACGUGAGGUGCUCCGUGCGGGCGCAGAUCCGGCACCUGCGGAAGGUCCUCUGCCACCGCCUGGGGCUGCCGCUGCAGCACGUGCAGAUCCUGUUCAACGGCGAGAUGCUCCCCGACCACAUGACAAUGAAGCAGCUCUGGCUCUCACGCUGGUUUGGCAAGCCUGCACCGCUCCUGCUGCACUACAGCAUCAAGGACAAGAGGAGGUAGGGGCUGGGGGCGGGUGCUGCCCUCCCUGCAGCACAGCCCUGCUCCUGCCCCCCCCUGCUCCCCUCUUUAACUUAAUACCCCUCCCGCUUGAGUUUAUUUUUUGAAUAAAACUGUUGAAAAUCCAUCACACGUC